ACUUGAAGUUUUGCUUUUACAUUCAUUAACGGCAACAAGUCUACAACAGCCACAUUCAUUUUAAUUUGAUCUUCAUCAAUUAGCAAAGGAUGUCAAAGACUAGUAGGGAGGAUCAUGAUGAUGAAUCCAGUUUGUUGGAUAUUGUAUUCUCUUGGAACCUCAAAGAUGUUCUAAAUGACAAUCAUUACAAGCACAAGGUCUCUAAGAUUCCAGAAACAUUCAAUUCUGUGAAAGAAUACAUGAACUCAUUCAUUCCUUCAUUGAUUGAAGAGACACGCAGUGACAUGUGUUCAGGAUUGAAAGGAGUGUCUAGAGCUCGAUUCUGCGAAAUCAAGACUGUCGAAAUGGACACAGAGUUCUUCAAACCUCCUAAGAAGUUGUUCUAUCUCUUAACAUUGGUGAACACUAGUGAUAAUGAUGAUGUAGAUAAAGAUGAUGUGGAAGAAGGUGGUGAAAUUGGACAAUCAUAUGAGCCUAUGCUAGGAGAUGUUAUUGCAUUUACUCCUAUUAGACCAAAAUGCAUAGAUGAUUUAAACAGCCCCAAAAACUUCUACCAUAUUGGUUAUGUUGUUAGGCCAAAACGUGCAUAUGACAAUGCAAUUCCAAUUUUGUCCUCCAAGUACAUGGAGACUAAGAAUGAAUAUGACAGAAGUGGUGGUGUUAAGAAGCUUUAUGUUGUGUAUCUUAUGAACAUUCUAACAAAUGUUAGGAUAUGGAAGGCAUUGAAUUCACAGCUAGAGGAUGCAGAUAUGAGCAUUAUUGAAAAGGUGCUAAGACCUGACAUGAUGAUUGGAAGAAAAUGUCAAAUAUGCCCCUCAGAGCUAAAUGUUAUUGGCACUUCAAGCAUAAGAAAUAUGAUUCAGUCUCAGAAUCUCAAUGAAUCACAAGAACAUGCAGUUUCAAGCUGUGUGAGCAUGACAAAAUGUCACCAUACCAGCACCAUGAACCUUAUAUGGGGACCUCCUGGGACUGGGAAGACCAAGACUGUGGCUUGUAUCUUAUUUUCCCUUUUGAAGCUUAGAGUCAGGACAUUGACAUGUGCUCCAACUAACACAGCAGUGAUGGCGGUUGCGUCGCGGCUGCAUAGCCUUGUUAAGGAUUCACUUGAGCAUGAAUCAUAUGGUUUUGGAGACAUAGUCCUAUUUGGCAAUAGUUCUAGAAUGAAGGUUGACACUUAUCUUGGCCUUAAAGAUAUCUUUCUCGAAAAUCGUGUGAAUAAUCUUGUUAAGUGUUUUGCUCCACUAAGUGGGUGGAAACAUAGCAUUGAAUCAAUGAUUCAACUGAUUAAGGAACCUAAGAAGCUAUAUAAAUUGUAUCAGAAAGAGGAGGGCCUAAUGCCAUUUGAAGAUUUUGUGCAUCAAGAAAACAGCACUGUUGAAAUCCAGUAUAGAAUGAACUUGCUCUUUGGUGAUUCUAAAACAUUGAAGGAAUUUGUGAACAUGAAAUACAGUGACAUUGCAGAGAAGUAUCAUUCUCUCAUUGAAAGUAUAAUGACAUUUGAUCAAUUUGUGAAGAAGAAAUUCAGGGAACUGAAAGGAAAACUUGAAUUCUGUAUGCAGACUUUGUACACACACAUGCCAACAUCUUUUAUUCAGAUCAGUGAUGUGAGGAGGAUGACUAGAGCUUUAGAUUUGCUUAGAUCCCUUGAAAGUUCCUUGAAUCAUGUUCUGUACAGGAGAACUCUGAAUUAUAGUGAUGAUGAAGAAGAAGAAGAAAAUGAGGAAAAAGAAAUUAUUGACUGCUUGGGGUGGCCAAGCCUGGAAAGAGAAUUAUGUGUUGGAAUACUAACUACACUUUGUCAAUCCGUUUUCAUUCCGGUCACUAAUGACAAGCAUGGAAUCGAGAAAUUCUGCUUGUCAAAUGCUUGUCUGAUUUUCUGUACAGCAUCAAGUUCUGUAAAGUUGUUCACAGAAGGAAUGACACAGCUUAAAUUUCUGGUAGUUGAUGAAGCUGCACAGCUUAAAGAAUGCGAGUCAACCGUACCAUUACAGCUCCCAGGCCUUAGGCAUUGUGUCUUAAUCGGCGACGAGAAACAACUUCCGGCCUUGGUAAAAAGCAAGAUUGCUGAGAAGACGGAAUUUGGAAGAAGCUUAUUUGAGAGGUUGGUAAUCUUAGGAAAUGAGAAGCAUAUGCUGAAUGUUCAGUAUAGGAUGAGUCCUUCAAUUAGCUUAUUUCCAAGUGAAGAGUUCUAUGAAGGAAAGCUUUCUGAUGCUCCAAUUUUGAGUAAUUUAACCUAUAACAAAAAAUUCCUUGAAGGAGAUAUCUAUGGUUCUUAUGCAUUCAUAAAUGUAGCUAAAGGCAGAGAACAAAUUGGUCUUGGACAUAGUACAAAAAACAUUGUUGAAGCUGCUGUAAUUUCUGAGAUUGUCGGACACCUCCACAAAGAGUUUGUGAGGACAAAGAAGAAAACUAGCAUAGGAAUCAUAUCUCCUUACAAUGCUCAAGUUUAUGAAAUUCAAGAGAAAGUUAAGAAUUACACUUCCGUUUCUGACCCUGAUUUCAGUUUAAGUGUUCGCUCCGUCGAUGGCUUUCAAGGCGGCGAAGAAGAUAUUAUCAUAAUAUCAACAGUUAGAGCAAAUGGUGCUGGAAAAGUUGGAUUUCUUUCCAACAGACAAAGAACAAAUGUGGCAUUGACAAGAGCUAGAUAUUGCCUUUGGAUUGUUGGAAAUGGUUCAACAUUGUUUAAUAGUGAGUCUAUAUGGAGUAAACUGGUUCUUGAUGCUAAGAAAAGAAAUUGUUUUCACAAUGCUAGUGAAGACAAGAAAUUGGGUCAAGUAAUUGAGGAUGCAUUGUUUGAGAUAGAACUUCUUGAAGAAUCUGCAUCAACAUUUAAGAAACUAAGCCUAGGAAGUAAGACAGAAUUUGGUGGUUCAUAUUCAAGGAAAUCUUCAAGGAACAGGCCAAGGAAGUGUUAAGGAGUUUAUUAGAUGUUAAAUUUAAAUCUUUGCACAAAGAAUAUCAAAGGAGUUUAGCUUCUAUGAGUUUGUAUAUUUAAAACUUCUGAACUUAUUAAUAGUGUGGUUUACAUAUAAACUAUAAACCUGUGUUUUUUGGUGCCAGGAAACCUGUGUUUGUG